AUGGGUUCCAUUGAUCCGACCGUGCAGUCCAACCCAGUCUUCGAAAAAUAUGGUCUACCCGGGGACACUCGUCUUGGAAGUAAUACUCCAGGUCCUCAUCCUUCCUCAGUAACUCGACCCGUCCAACAUGCGGAGCUCAACAGAGCAUCCGACCGGGGCUAUACGGUUUAUGGUCAUCUCAUCAACGAGCCUCCACUGGGAAAACCGCUCAAGAUAAUCAUGAUUGGGGCGGGAGCAUCAGGGAUCGACUUUCUCCAUUAUGCCCCAUCGGCACUAGCUGGACUGGGUGUGGAGAUCGUGUGCUACGAGAAGAAUGCAGAUAUCGGGGGUACUUGGUAUGAGAAUCGGUAUCCGGGAUGUGCGUGCGAUGUGCCUAGCAUUGCCUAUUCAUUCCCGUGGCGUCCCAACCCAAACUGGUCGAGCUUCUAUUCGAGUGCAAAGGAGAUUUGGGAGUAUCUGAAGCAAAUCGUCGUCGAGGAAGACAUGAUGAAGUAUAUCAAGCUCAAUACCCGUGUGGUAUCGGCGAUUUGGAAUGAGGACAUGAGUAAAUGGGUAGUCAAGCUGCAACAAGAUGCGCCGUAUGUGAUGGAGUGGGAGGAUGAAUGUGAUGUCUUGAUAAACGGAGCUGGAUUCCUCAACUCAUGGAAAUGGCCCGACACGCCGGGACUACACUCUUUUGAAGGAACCCUGUGCCACACAGCAGCCUAUCCUGAGGGGCUCGAUCUGAAAGACAAGCGUGUAGCAGUGAUAGGUUCAGGCAGUUCUGGCGUUCAAGUCAUUCCCUCUAUUCUCGACGAUGUCUCACGCCUAUACACCUGGGUGCGAACCCCAAUCUGGAUCACGGCUGCCUUUGCGCAACGCUACGCCGGGAAGGACGGUCGGAACUUUGACUAUACCCCGGAACAGAAGACCGACUUCAACAACGAUCCCGAGAUGUACCACCGAUACCACAAGUCAGUACCCUUACAGAAGCAUCCAGUCCAUUUAGUAACACUACAUCAGUCCUCAUACAAGAGCAUGUCCGACAAGCUCGCAUCGAAGCCUUACGUCAAGGACGCCAUAAUCCCCAAGACCUUCAACGUAGGCUGUCGACGCCCAACACCAGGCACGGGCUAUCUAGAAGCUCUCGCCUCCGACAAGACGACUGUCUUCACGGAACGGAUUCAAUCCAUCACACCCAAGGGGUUCAUCGACUCCGCGACAGGAACUGAACACGAAGUAGACGUCAUCAUCUGCGCCACAGGAUUCGACACGUCGUUCCGUCCACGAUACCCAAUUAUCGGGCUGGAGGGUGUUAACCUAGCUGAUAAAUGGAAAGAUGUUCCGACAAGUUAUCUGACCGUUGAAGUCGACGGCUUCCCGAACUAUUUUAUGUACGGAGGCCCCUUUACGCCUGCGGCACAUGGGUCCAUUCUCCCUAUUAUCUCCCACGUGACGAACCACUUCAUCCAGAUUGUCAAGCGCAUGCGGAGAGAGCAUAUCCGGCGACUGAGUCCGAAGGAAUCUGCGGUGCGUGACUUUGUGGAGCACGCUCGGACAUACUUCCCGCGGACGUGUUGGUCUGAUCCUUGCUCUAGCUGGUUCAAGCAGGGGAGGGUUGAUGGUCCAAUUACCAUCUGGCCUGGCUCUCGAUUGGCAUUUUUCGAGGCACUAAAUACACCUACACUGAGCGACUACGAGAUAGAAUAUUGGAGUGGAAAUAGGUUCGGGUACUUAGGAUGUGGGUUCGUUGAUGCGGAAUUCUCCGGGGGCAAUAUCACCUGGUACCUGGACCGGUACUCGGACAAUGAGGAAUGGAGAAAACAUGGAGUUUGGUACGAUAAGGAGCAGAAGGAGUUUGCGCAUAUAAGCGAGACGGCGUUUUCUAGUUGA